AUGUCUCGACACAAAGGGGAGAGGGGGUCACACGUGUCGGCCAGUGUUGGCAGUAGUGGUGGAAGUAGUGGUGGGAGCAGUAGUGGAGGCAGUGGUGGGGGCGGCGGUGCGGCCAACACUGCGGCCAUGACUUCACUGGAGUUGUGCGACGCCGACGACAUCGCUACCAGUCUUGUGGUCGACCAGUACUUAGGUUUCACCACACAUAAGAUGAACACUAGAUUCCGUUCGCCUAAAAUUAAUCCCAAAGACUAUCUGAAGAAUGUAUUGAUUUGUUUCAAGAAGAAUCAAAACUACGAGCAAACCAUCAAUAAGUUGUUUGCCGGCGAUUGGGCUAAUGCUAUGUUUCACAGCAAAAGCCAGAGAAUGCAACGAAUCAUAAGAAGUCAUUUAACAAACUUUUUGCGGAUGUUUGACGGGAGGGCCGGCUAUGAGAUUAAGCCCUGUUAUAGGUAUUCAAUGGAAGGCAAGUCGGGGGCCAAACUCUGCGCCACUCAAAAGUGGCUUAAAAACGAGAAAAUUGAAUAUCUUAUCGGAUGUAUCGGUGAACUCACUCUCAAAGAAGAACAGGAACUUUUAAAACCGGGAAUCAAUGACUUUUCGGUCAUGUAUUCGUGUCGCAAGAACUGCGCCCAACUGUGGUUAGGUCCCGGCGCGUACAUCAACCACGACUGCCGACCCAACUGUCGGUUCGUCAGCACCGGGAGGCAGACGGCGUGCGUCAAAGUGUUGCGACCCAUAGAUGUGGGCGAAGAGAUCACCUGUUUCUACGGCGAAGACUUCUUCGGCGAUGAAAACUGUUUCUGUGAGUGCGAGACGUGUGAGCGAAGAGUGACCGGAGCUUUUGCUCAGAGGGCCGCCCAAACAGACAAACAGCUCACGACCAACACUGCCAACACUCAAGAGAUUAAUAACAAUAUUAGUGUUAAUCAUAGCAUUAAUAACAAUAGUAUUAAUUGUUUGACAAACAGUUUAAUUCAUAAUAAUGUGUUGAAUAAUAAUAAGAAACAGACGUAUAGUUUGCGGGAAACAGAUAAUCGCCUCAAAAGACAGGCCCGCAAACAGCAAACCAAAAAAGAGGACGAAUUGAAUGCAGACAACAGCUUAACGGCCCAUAACUUGAGGUCAAAACCGAUUAAAAGCGAAGAAAUUACUCACAACUCAGACAUUUGUGAACAACUAAUGGAAGACAAUCACAGCGAAGACGAGAAUAUGGAUUGCGCCGACGAUUCCAAUGAUAAAAGCCAUAAAUUGGUUAAAAAUAUAAACAAUAAUCACAUGAAGAGUAAAACGCGGAAAAUAAUGACCACUAAAAUGAAUUCAACAAAUCUUAAAAAUACGGCUAACAAAAGGACUAUAAGUGCCUCUCCAUUAAGGGUCUCAUCACCGCAGGGCCGACAACUGACCACCAAAACAGGUCUGACCAACAACUCUGUCAAACAGGACUCUGUUGGCCACAAACUCGCGUCGCCAUCGAGUGUCUCAUCACUCCGAAGGUCUACAAGAAUUGCGUCGACAGGCUCGGAAUCAGUGAAAUCCGACGAAUCCGAUGCUCAAGUGGUGCCCACCAGUUGUCCAUCAGUGGUGACCCGUCCCUCUGAUACGGCCACCAGUAAUGAUGUGCCGACGGCUCCGGUCGUAAACCAACAAAAUUGUCUGAAACUGACGAUUCGUGUGCGACGAUUGAAUUCAUGCCAAAACAACGGACUAUCAAAUCAAAACACAAGCAAAAUGUCAAACAAUAGCAAUAUUUACGAUUCGGCCGACGACUCAAUA